GAGCGGAGACCGACGCCCGGGAGCAGCAAGCGAGAAGGGGAGGUGGCAGCCAUUGCAGGCGGGGCCAGAGCGGAGCCGACAGGCUCGGCGAGCAAGAGUGGGGAGGGGUCCGACGUCGUGCGGUGGAGAAAACAAACGGGGGACCCGCAUCUUCGUUGCUAUGCAACAGGGGGCGUCGUUACUAGACCCAGCCAUGGCAGGCUUCGGAAGCAGCUCGCCACGGGGCAGGCAUUUGUUCAAAGUUGUCCUGAUGGUCCUAGUGGCCCUCGUCCUCCUCCAGUCAGCAUCAUCGCAGCCCCAUCGGGAUUUCACGCCACCUGGCCAGCAGAAGAGGGAGGCCCCUGUUGAUCUCUUGAGCCAGAUGGGCCGGUCUGUGCGCGGAGCACUGGAUGCCUGGGUGGGGCCAGAGACCGUGCACCUGGUUUCCGAGACCUUGUCUCAGGUGAUGUGGGCCGUCUCUUCCGCCAUCUCUGUGGCUUUCUUCGCUCUGUCCGGCAUCUCUGCGCAGCUGCUGAAUGCCCUGGCGCUGGACGGAGAUCACCUCACCCAAGGCCUGAAGCUCAGCCCCAGCCAGGUCCAGACCUUCCUGCUGUGGGGAGCCGGGGCCCUGGUCGUCUACUGGCUUCUGUCCCUGCUCCUGGGCUUGGUCUUGGCCUUGUUGGGGCGGAUCCUGUGGGGCCUGAAGGUUGUCCUCUUCCUGGCCAGCUUUGUGGCCCUGGUGAGGUCGGUGCCUGACCCCUCCAUGCGGGCCUUGCUCCUCCUGGCCUUGCUGACCCUCUAUGCCUUGCUGAGCCGGCUCACUGGCACCCGGGCCUCAGGGGCCCAACUGGAGGCCAAGGUACAAGGGCUGGAGCGACAGGUGGAGGAGCUGCGCUGGAGGCAGAGGAGAGUGGCCAAGGCGCCCCGGAGCGUGGAGGAGGAGUGAGGAGGACAUGGACCAUGCCGCCUUCGUCCUGCCAAAGAGCUGCACUGCGUCGGGGUCGCGCAGCCCUCCUUCUAGCCUCCUGCCCCUUUCUUGCCCCAUCUCUGAACCUCCAGAACCAUUACCUCUGCUCUAGACCCCCUGGCUAAGAGAGGAAGACUGUUCCCCCUGCUGCUCCCUGGGGGCCCUGUCUUCUCUGGAAGUUCUCUGUCUGGGGUUGGUAUUUUAACCCUUUCUCUGCACUCAGCCUGCUGCCUCUAGGGCAGGUCAGGGGGCCUCCUCUCCAGCUUCUGCAGCUGCUCUCAGUGAGUAUCGCUCCGUUGGUCCUGGGACUCAGCCAGCUCUCUGCCACUGCCUUGCCUUCCUCCUGAGGUGCUUGCCGUCCUGGCCUGUAGCUCCUCCUUUGCCCGGUCCCUGGCUCCCUUCCUGUUUGUCUCCUUCGAGCCCUGUACUCCAGCCAAACCACAGUCCCUCCAAGAACACUCCUGUCCUCUUCAUUGCCCAGCAUGAGGAAAAGGCAGGGCAUGUGGGACCUGAGGGGAAGGAUGGGGGCAACCCCACGUGGGGCUGGGGGCAAGGAUGCACAUUGAGUCUGUUACAAGUGCCUUAAUGCAAGCCAGUGGGGCCUUAGCCCGCUGCUUGCCCGCUGCUGUACUGUAUGUAGGAAAGCGCACUGUGGCUACUUGGUCUCAAGAAGAGAAUGGUCCCUCUUACAGUCUUGAUUCCCCUUCAGCCAAAGCAAAAGAUGACUGCUUUGUAGGCUUGUGCCCACAAGUAGGACCCUGCAAUGGCCAUCAGAUCCCCUGUGGGGAUUUCAGAGACACCUACAGGGGAGGGAGGACUCACCUCCUUGUCUGAGCAGCUCCAGGUGGCUCUCCAUCCCUCUUUCUCCACUCGUGGCCACCGGUGAGUUACUGAUCAGUGUCCACGGAGGAACACCCAGCAGACACACCAGAGAUGCACGCCACAGCCCCUUCCCCCCACACUGUGCAGAACAGGCUGAGCCUGCUGGCCAAGCCCUCCACUGGGGCCCUCAUUCUUCCUUUGAGGCUCUGAUGGAGGUGGUUGUCCUCUGCCAGGCCUGGCAUAUGAUGUGAAGAAUAAAUUAAUGCCCAGUUUUGAUGUGGAAUCCCAGCUGCAGUGAUCUAUAUAUUUUUAUCAGCGCUUGGUUGGUUUUAAAUAAAAUGCACGCUAUUUUA